AUGGCACUCCACCAUUCAAGCACAACUCGAGCCCAGGCAACGUGCCCCGUGGGCAGUGACAAUCAAUUUGGCCCCCAAGUCAACACAAUCUGCCGAUCGUUUGAUUUUACCCUACUUUUUGAAGAUUCAAUUUUUAUUUUAGUUCCCGCAGCAAUAUUUCUUCUUUGCUUGCCUUCAUGCUGGCAGCAACUAAAACGUCAACAGAUUAAAGUAUCGUCUUACAAUCUAGCUGUGCAGAAACUGGCUCUUCUAGGGAUAUUAUUUGUCUUGCAUGUGUUAUACACAGCAUUCCAGACACAAUCACCAACACUUCACACAAAAGCCUCACUUCCAACUGCUGUCAUUAAUGUGAUCACAAUUAUAGCGGCAGCAUGGACAUCGUUCAUGGAAGACCAGCGCUCUAUCGCGCCCUCGAGCAUCCUUAUAUUAUAUUUUUCUUCCACUACUCUUUUAGCCCUGCCACGCUUAAGGUCACUAUGGUUGAUCUCAAAUCCCGACGUUCUAGUUUGUCGAGGCAUUUGGACUGCGAUACUUGCCAUCACCGUCCUGGUUCUAUUCACGCAAUCUGCAAGCAGAUUCAAGUCACUGCAGCCAUCUUACAAACUACUCACAAAGGAACAGCUUAGCGGUUUCUGGAGUCGUGGGUUUUUCGUGUACCUACUUCCACUGCUCAAGGUCGGAAAUGCCAAGAUCCUCGAAAUAAGCGAUUUACCUGAAGUAGACGAGGCACUUCAAGGCUCCAACGCCGGAGCAGAGCUACAGAAAGCUAUCCAAAGUUCCGCCGGGCGCUACAGGGUUCUUAGGGCGGUCUUCAAGGCAUAUGCAUCCGUCCUUCUAUGGGCGAUUCCGCCCCGUCUAGCACUCUCUGCCUUCACAUUCUCCCAGACAUUUCUACUGACGGCGACGGUCAACUUCAUGGAGUCAAAGUCAACUCCAGAAAAUGAAUCAUAUGGACCAUCACUCGUGGGCGCAUAUGUGCUAAUGUAUUUUGGCAUAGCAAUGUCAACUGCUGUUUACUGGCGACAAACAGUUCGAUUUCUUGCUGCCUUACGGGCGGGUCUGGUUGCUAUCACUUACGAUCAGACUUUAGCUUUGCAGCAAGAAGACCUUCAUGAUUCAGCUGCACUGACGCUCAUGGGCACCGAUGUUGAACGAACUAUCACCAGUCUUCAGAGCAUCCAUGAGACGUGGGCAUCCAUCCUAGAGGUUGGCAUUGCUCUUUGGCUUUUGGGGCGACAGUUGGGAGUUCCCUGCUUGAUCCCCUUCGCCAUUGCCAUAUCUUCUGUCGUGGUGAUGAUACCGAUAUCCACUCGCACUGGUGAAGCCCAGCAGCAAUGGAUCAGAAGAAUACAGAAGAGGCUCGCAGUUACUUCCAGCAUGCUUGGCGAUAUUAAGGCAAUGAAGAUGCUAGGAGUCUCCGACGUGCUUUCAAAAAUCAUCGCAAAUCUCCGAGACAUUGAAGUGAAGACCUCUCUUCGGUUUAGAAAAUUGAUUAUCUGGGAAAUAGUCGCUUCAUGCACACCUACAAACAUUGCUCCAUUUGCAACAUUGGCAGUAUAUGCUGGAAUCUCUGUGUCUAAGAAUGAUGAAUCCCUUCUAUCUGCUAAAGCAUUUACCUCCCUGGCACUCAUAUCUCUAAUGACAAGCCCUCUUCUUACAUUCUGUCAGACUAUGCCUUCAAUUCUGCAAGCUCUGGGCUGUCUAAAAAGAAUCGAUGAGUACUGCGACAAAAAGGUUAGCACAAAAUCAGCCGCCCCCGACGAUACCUCCUGCGACUCCUCAUUGAACAAUAUCGAACUACGAGAAUACAAUACUAGUCUCCAGAGGUCUGGGCCAUUGGUCUCCUUCAAAAAUGCGACAAUAUACAGAUCAGGCGCCUCAGAUCCAAUUUUAAAACUUCUCAAUCUUGACAUCCAUCGUGGAAUCACGGCAAUUAUCGGCCCGGUCGGCAGCGGAAAGACCACUUUACUAGAGACUAUGCUUGGAAGACAUACCUGCGAACCCAGCAUUCUACCAUUAUCCCGUGCCGCAUACGCGCCACAAACUCCAUGGAUUAUGAAUGAGAGUAUUCGACAAAAUAUCAUUGGAGCAUCCGAGUUUGAUCCAAAAUGGUAUGACUUUGUAACAUCGUCAUGUGGACUCGACGAAGAUCUGAAGAAUAUGCAUGGUGGUGAUUCUCGAUUAGCCGGAAGCAAAGGGGCAUCCUUGAGCGGUGGUCAGAAGCAGCGAGUAGCCCUAGCCAGAGCUGUCUACUCAAAGCUCAAUUUAGUCGUCCUGGACAGCCCAUUUAGUGGCCUGGAUACCAGGACUUUAGCAACAAUAAGAAAGUCCCUGUUCGGUGAACAUGGUCAUUUCAGGCAAUCCGGAAGAUCUGUGAUCCUGGUGACAAAUAACUAUGAGAUUCUCUCCCAUGCCGACGAAGUAGUAGUAUUAGAUAGCAACGGUAUUUCUGCUCGGGGAUCGUACCAAGAGAUCUCCUCCAGCAUGCCUCACAUCUUUGAAAAUCUCGUAGAAACCCAUGAAGAGGCAACUGAACUACAAAUGGAAACUGAACAAGGUGACCGCCCGAUAUCUUCAAAUGAGGUUGAAUUCCAAGAGAGUGAACCUCUCUUAAAAGCCGACGAUUUCACACGACAAAAAAGCUCUUGGUCCGUAUAUGGAUAUUUCAUGAAGCCCGCGGGCUGGAUAAUGUUCGCACUUAUUGAGGGCCUCAUUCUUGUCAUGUGCUUCAGCACUAGUUACUCAGCUGUUUGGGUCCAAUCAUGGGUGGAUGCGAAUGAAAAGGCGCCAAACCAGCAUCUUGCCUAUUACCUUGGCAUUUACUGGCUUUUAUGCGCAAUAGCAGUCUUGGGUCUCGGAAUAGCUGCCUGGAUCUAUUUCACGACGAUGAUGUCCCAAACAUCAAUGGCCCUACAUGCUGAUCUACUAAACGCCGCAGUCGGGGCGCCUAUAUCAUUCUUUCAAACCACAGAUACCGGAUCAAUCACAAAUCGGUUCAGUCAAGAUCUGGAGUUAAUCGACAUGAUGCUUCCUCUGUAUCUGGUCAACCUGAGUGAAUCAACGGGCAGCGUAAUCGUCCAACUCGUCAUAGUAUGCAUCGUCGGCAAAUAUCUCGCAACAUCCAUCCCAUUCAUAGCCGUUGCCGUCUACUUCAUCCAAUCAUAUUAUCUUCGCACCUCACGCCAAGUUCGUCUUCUCGAUAUCGAAGCGAAAGCACCCCUAUACACGCACUUUCUAGAAACAAUCGACGGAAUCGCAUCCAUUCACGCCUUUGGAUGGGGAGAAAAAUUUCGCAAUCAGGGUCUCAAGAAGCUAAACUCUAGCCAAAAACCUUAUUACAUGCUACGGAGUAUUCAGAAGUGGCUUGAACUAGUGGUUAAUCUUCUAGUCGGUGCUGUUGCUGUGAUUCUGGUUGCAACAAUGACUUCGCUGAGAUCACAGUUUAGUUCUGCAAGUGCUGGUGUUGCGCUCAACUUGAUUUUGUCAUUUAAUCAGAACUUGAAAAGGGCUGUUGAGGACUGGACGGCCGUUGAAGUUAGUAUUGGUGCUGUUCAGCGUAUUCAAAGUUUUGCUAAGGAUACCCCGCGAGAAGAUGAGGAUGAAGGAGUCAGCGUCUUGGAUAAAUCUACUUCUGACUGGAUUUCUAAUGGGGAGGUGCAAUUUGACGAAGUCAGCGUGCGAUAUGAUAAAUCCCCAAAACGAGUCUUAGAAAACAUCUCAUUAAAGAUCAACCACGGGGAGAAAGUGGCUGUGUGUGGUCCAUCCGGCAGUGGAAAGACUUCAUUCAUCAUGGCGAUGCUGCGCAUGUUGAAUACAGAAGGCCAAAUUAGUAUUUCAAACACAAAUGUCGCCACAGUCCCACGAUCCCUAUUAAGACGCACCGUGAACGUUAUUCCACAGGAUCCACUUCUCUUUCCGGGAUCCGUGCGCUUCAAUAUAGAUCCACAUGGCCUUGGUACGACUGUGCAGAUUGAAGAUGCCUUGAGAAAGGUCCGUAUGUGGAAUCAAAUAGAGAUGAAUGGGGGACUUGAUACAGAACUAGAAGUUUCACAGUGGUCGGUGGGACAGAAGCAGCUCUUAGAGUUAGCGAGGGCAUUGAUCAUUAAAAGUCCAAUUUUAAUUCUCGAUGAAGCUACAAGCAGUAUGGAUUGGGAAACUGAGUCAAUCAUGCAAUCUGUCCUCGACACUGAGUUCGCGGAUCAGACUAUCAUAGCCGUCAUUCAUCGCUUCAGAUACAUUGAUCGAUUUGAUAAGGUGAUUCUCUUGAAGCAGGGAAGGCUGAUGGAGAAUGAUGAUCCAAAAGCUCUGCUUGCUUAUGACUCGGAGUUUAGAAGACUAUAUCAAGCCUGGAAGACAGACUAG